AUGACAGCAUCUUCUGCCGCUUCUACUCCUAAGUACAACCAGACUCCUGAGAAGGCGCUAGAAGAAAAAAUACUGAAACAAGUUCUCGCAAAGAUCCAAGAAUUUAAAGAUGACACUGAUUCCAAGAUUCGUAUGUCUAUCACCUCGAGAGGUUCCAAUGCGUUAGUCCCAUGGACAUGCCUUCAGACGAAUAAUCACGCUGCAAACAAUGCCAGUAUUCCAGCAGCUGACGAUCCGUCCAACUUUAAGCUCCCCAAAGAUGUAAACUCAAUUCUGGCCACUUCGUCUUGGUGCUCAGUUCCCUUCUGGAUUUCAAUGUUUGUAAUUUUUGGAUUCCAAUACCUUUUGCUUCUUCUUCUGUUGGCUAAUCAGGUCGAUAUCAAUUCGGAUGACAAUCCAUUGAAUCUCCCGGCAAAUGUUGAGACACCGGUCCGUAUCAGCCAAGUGCUGUUGCUUGCCAUUGCCUUGUUUAGUCAAGAUGAUCUCUUGGUUGGAAUCGAGUCAUUUUUUGAUGGAAUGCCCGAUUACUUUCGUGGUAACAUUCGUUCGGUGAACAUGACACUUGUUCAAUGGCGGCUGUCAUCAAUUAUACGAUUGUUUCAAGGACUUUUGAACCUUCUUGCUGCUUUUGUGUUAUCGAUUCAGGCCGAGACAAUCCCAGAUGUUUUGCUCAACGUACUCGGAGUCGGAUUCAUUUCAAAUCUUGACGAGCUAGCGUUCAGUCUUGCAAUGAAAGGGUACUUUGGACAAUCGAUGAAGAUGUCGACUGAAGAUGUUUCUGUUGUCGAGUUUUAUCGCGAUGCAACCAGAACUCAGAAUACCAAAUCAUCGCUGCUUGCCAAACUCAAAGACAACGUACACAUUAUUAUGGUCUUUGCUGUGUUACUCGCGAUGCUUGUGGCCUUUAGCAUUUUUUCGUCGCAGCAAAAUGCGGGAAUGUAUUCAGAGCAAGACAUUCAGAUUGAAUUUGGAGAUGAAAUUCUGCCCUUCCUUGGACUUUUCAACGGUUGCUACAAGGCUUCCAAAUCAAAUAAACAUGCCUCUGGGCGAUUGAUGUACGAGCAAGUCAGUUUCUCAAAAGGCGGGAAGUUUGGGUUCUGCUCCGACUUUGGAGAAGGCAAUGGUGGAUGGGCCUUUUUCAUUGGCGAGUCGGGAGAUGUAUGCGAUAAUCACAUUGUGCGCUCUGGCGACACAUCGACCUUUAGUCUGCUGGAAGCCGCAACGACCAAGUGGUAUACUUCAGAUGAUCUUCCAUUGGAUUACUUAGAGAUUACUGAAAUCAAGACAGCAUCUGCUGAAUGUGGACAGUCAAUGCUUCGCACUACGACUGACGCUUGCCCAUCCAUCUUGGCUUUCGAUUCGCUCACCAUGUCGAAAAUGGCGCUGAAUAAAGAUGAUCUGGAGUCUCGACCUGUAUUGGAUGCAUCAGUCUCUCACCCGAUAUAUUACUACAACGUAAGCGAAGUCGGAAUCUUUGAUUUUCUGUUCUUUACUGGCCGAAGAUGGAUACGAACUCAAUCCGAUCACAUCGCUACCCUCGGAAACGAAACAAGUCUGCCCGAUAUUCGAGAUUUCUUUGUUGUCAAUGAUGGGCUCUUCACUUUAAUCAACGAACUGAGAACAUCCUCCGACGAUCGAUCCGAGUGGGUGACUGCAGUGAGUGAAAUUGUGGACUCCAAGAGAGAUCAAGGAUCACCUCUUGGGCUUCAGUGGUACGUUCCUCGCUACGACACUACCGAUGAUGCGAACGAAGAAGGCGACAGCCGGGGUUAUCUCCAAAGGAACUUUCCGUCAGCUGAUCUUGCCAGACCAAUUGAUUCAGUCAUGACAUGUCUUCAUUGCAACGAAGAAUCCAAUCCUUGCCGAUACGAGGGGUUCUGUGAUAAUGGCAGUGGCAUUUGCGCUUGCCAACACGGUGCAGAGGGCAAGCUAUGUCAAAUACGGCCACUUGGAAAUGGAGUUUGCAAUGUGUACUUUAAUAGUGCGGAACAUCAAUACGAUGGGGGCGAUUGUUGUGCUGGGACUUGCUUUGGAGCACAAUGUGGAGAGGACGAUCUACCUAAUCCGUUCUUGGAUGCUAGUGUAUUGACCAUCCGCCAAGGAUUCUCAGGGGUUGAAACGGUUUACACGUUCCAAAAUGUGACAGAGGACUGGAAAAACACCUAUCGUGGAACGGAAUUUGGAUUCGGUGUGGAUAUCAACGACGAUGAGCUGAGUUUUGACUUCGCCCCACUACGGUACAAGCACUGUAUCGAUCCGAACACAGCAUUACUCUCGAUCAAAAUCGAACCAUACCAGGAUCGGUGGGAUGGCCAUAGGCAUUCGCAGUUCCAAGGUAUAUUAGUGCGAUGCGGUGGCAAGAUGUACUUGCGAAUGCCAGAAUUUUCGUUGAACGCGAUCGAUGAUUCUGGUACUUUCAUCGAAAGAGUCCGCAUUCCGUACGGCGCAGAUUGCGAGAUCGAGUUCCCCAAUGAACGUACUCCUUAUUUCACUGCAGUGUCUAUUCUUAUGGAGAACGAGUCAGUGCCAUUUAUACAGCAACAACACAUUCUUGGCUCGUACCCAGAGCCAAUCAACGUCCGGAUUCCAGAAUCAAGUUGUGUAUGGAAUGGGUUUGUCGCCAAUCGUUUCUCUGUAUCGUCAUUCACGGAAGCGACGUAUUAUAACAUGCCAGACACAUCUCUUGGCUGGAAUGAGUACAUGUCGGGAGACGACUAUGAUAGUUUCGCAGAAGGUGGACAGUUAGAUGCUAUUUGCGAAAGAGAUCAGGAUGAAGUGUUCGAUCGAUAUGUAUUAUGGAAAAUUUCAAAUUCGACUUUUAUGGACCUAUCACAAAACUUUAUUAGCCACGUAUGUGAUGGUCUAUGGAAAGAGGAUGUGAUGUCUGUCGCUUGCAGGGGUCGUCGAGUCAGCGAACUUGCCGUUGAUAUUGAUGUCAUUAUACAGUCAGAGGUUGAAGGUGUAAUCAAGUUAUUGAUGUAUGUGAACGAGUUAGAGCAUGUCGGUUUAAUCGCUAUUCGAAAUGAGACACAUAAAUCUACGGCUCUUGAUAUGCUAUCAACGCUUCCUCUUUUGACAAGUCUUGAUAUGUCUGAUGGCGUCUUGUCGUCCAUUCCAUCGCAGAUUACAAAGUUGAAAUCACUGACAAAGUUGAACUUGAAUGAGAAUAGGUUGACCUCUCUAUCGGCGAUUGGUAGUUUGACAUCCCUGGAAGAUCUGAACUUGAAUGGCAAUGGUUUGAUGUCUCUACCUUCCGAAAUUGGUAGUUUGACUUCCCUAACAAAUCUGGACUUGCAUUACAAUGACUUUCCUACUCUCCCUUCAGAAAUUGGAAGUUUGACUUUAAUAACAAACUUGAACGUGGGAGAGACCUUAUUGAUGUCUCUACCAACUGAGAUUGGACGUUUGACAUCACUAACAAGGUUAGAGCUACACGAAAGCCGAUUGACAUCGCUCCCCUCCGAGAUUGGUUUUUUGACAUCACUAGGAUUGAUCGGCCUCGAUGAAAACGGCUGCUCCUCUCUACCAUCUGAAAUUGGCAAUUUGGCAUCAUUGACUGACCUGGAUAUGGAAUGGAACGGACUGGUAUCUCUUCCCUCCGAGAUUAGAGGUUUGACGUCACUCUCACGCUUGAACUUGCGACACAACGAGUUGACAUCACUCCCAUCGGAGUUUGGAAGGCUGACACUAUUAACAGACCUGAACUUGUAUGAUAACCGAUUGGCAUCUCUUCCAACUGAGAUCGGUAGUCUGACACUCAUAUCAAGCUUGAGCUUGGGACUUCACCAGUUGGCUUCACUGCCCUCCGAGAUUGGAAGUUUGACAUCAUUAUCAUAUCUGGACUUGGUUGAGAACCAAUUGACAUCUAUCCCUUCCGAGAUUGGAAGCUUGACAUUGCUAAGAAUGCUGGGCCUGAGCGAAAAUCAAUUGGCAUCUGUUCCUUCUGAGAUCGGAAGCUUGGCAUUGUUGACCAAGCUUGCCCUUGAAUCAAACCAAUUGACAUCACUCCCUUCAGAGAUUGGAAGUUUGGCAUUAUUGACAAGCUUGCGCCUAGAAUCAAACCAAUUGACAUCGCUUCCUUCGGAGAUUGGAAGUUUGAGAUUACUAACUUGGCUGAGCUUAUAUGACAAUGAGCUCACGUCUCUGGUUUCUCUCCCUUCCGAGAUUGGAAAUUUGACAUCAUUGACAAAGCUUGACUUGCGUCAAAAUCCAAUAAAAUCGUCAAUGGAUUCUGUGCCAAGCGAGAUUCAAAGACUUAUUUCCUUUGGUUUGAAUGUAUGCAUUGGAGAUGUCCCUUGCUAA